UACAUUAAUCCGAGACCAACCAGAGGACUUAAAUUGUGUUCUUUUAGACCGUCAGUAGAAAGCCAAGUGAGAAAAAAGGCCAUACCAACUUCUCUCAUGAAAAUAUGAACAUUUUGAGCCACCACAAAUCAUAGAAUGAACUCAAACACAACAGAAGUGACUCCUUAAUUGUUGGAGCUCCCAUGACGUCAUGUAAAAUCAGCUCUUGAAUGGGAUUUGAGGGGAUAAUAGCGACAUCAUGUGGUGUAAGACCAUAUCGCAACUACAAUUUCUUCAACAGCGUUAUUUUAUCCAUUUUUUUUCCUGUUUAGUUUUCUUUUUUUGUAUUAUUAUUUUCAUCAAUUCUGUAGUAUGACACAGAUACACUCCCUAAGAACAAAUGCUUCCAAAUUGAUAUUUUUAUUUGAUUUAAAAAAAAGUUUAUUUAUUUAUUUAUUUUUUCUUAACCAUUCGUUUUCUUCAUUUUUUUCCCCCCCGGUUUCUUUAAUAAAGAGUGCAGAGCGUCACUGCGCAGUCGGGUCGUUUUUCCGCGCAGCCGCAGUGAAGACACCGCGCGCGCCCCGGUGCGGCUCUGCCCUCUCAUCCCUUUGUGUCUUUCGUCCAAUCAGCGCUCAGCUGCGGACCGCUCGACGCUCAUUGGUUCGUUGAGGAGGAAGAUGCGACGUCCGCCGUGAAUAGACUGAGGACUUUCCGAAGGAUCCCGCAGAUUUGAUCAAUUACCCGAAAAUUCAGAAAUUUCCACGCAUAUAAUGACGUCUGCAUCUGAUUUUUGCUUUUAUUUAUGCAUUUUUUUGCUUUAAUUUGUUGCUGUCGGAUCUUUUGACGGUAUGUGGGCCCGAUUCGCUGCUUUAAAGACACACCUUAUAAAAAUGUAGCUUCGUGUUUAUUAUUAAUACAGGUGUUGCUGUGUAAACGAUGCACAAGCAAUGUCUGAUGUGGAGGCCACGUAUGCAGACUUCAUCGCCUCUGGCAGGACGGGCCGCAGGAACGCUCUGCAUGACAUCCUGCAGAGUCCCACCGACGCAGAGGGAGGCCAGCUGCCCCUCAGCCUGUCUCUGUCCCAGCUGCACAUCAAUGCAGGGGGGGCAGAUGCAGACAGUAUGGAGGACGACCAGAGCUCCUCGUUUUCAGCCCAGAGGGAGGCGGAGCAGAAGAACAGCUAACCUGCCCCGCUCUCCGCCUGGCAGAGCGGCAGGACGGUGGACAGUAGGCGCGGCGGUGGAUCUGUCACAGCUGAAGGAUAGAACCAACACUGCUGAUAUGCCUUUGAGGAAAAACAACUGUUCUUAAAGUUCUCUUCAAUAGUGGUCCGGUGUGACCGCUCAGUUCUGUGUCUGCUGUUACACUACAACAGAGAAAAACAAGAAUGUAGUUCUUUUCGAGUUGAUUUUGCGUUCAGUCUUUGGUGCUUAAAGGCACAGACUAAGCAAAGAAAAGAGGGAAGAGACUCCAGUAGAGGUUUGUUGUAGAUGUAACGGGUAGAAGGACAUGGCUCUCAGUAGGAGUAGUAUGUUUGUAGGUGUAGUGAUGCUGAAAAGGACUGGAUUGCCAGUUACUGGCUUGUGCUUCCUUAAACUGAAGAUGCUGCAAUAGAAGAAGACAAUUGAGAAUUUGGAAAUGUGCUGGUGUGGAUUCACUGAUUUGUAUAGAAAAAAGUGAAGCUGUAGGCUGCUGACACCAACACUAUUGAUUAACUUCUACAAGCUUUUCUUUAAUUCUCACAGUUCUGAUAUUCUUGCAACCAUAAAGGAGAUGUUUUUUGU